AAACGGAAGUGUGACGUCAGUGAAAUAAAAGUUGUGGAAAAGAUGUUGAACACAUUUUAGCUGAUUUAUUCAUCAAAUGACCAUGAAUACCAGGAGUUUGUUGUUGUUACUAUUUUGCCUUAUGUGCAGCUUGUUUGUGACUGUCGCUGGACCAGUAAAUCAAGAAGAAAAGGAAGUCAAACAGUCUACGACAGAGAACAAAGAUUCAAAUAAAAAUGCACCAGAUGCAAUUGCAAGUGAAACAAUUCCAACCACUACAAACAAUGGCACAGUUUUGAAAACUACUACAUUAAGACCAGAAAACUGCACUGGUAAAUUUGACAAUGAAUCGGGAAUAUGCAUUCCAAUUUUCCCGGGUUCCUCAUCCAUUAUGGAAAUAUACAAAAAUAACAAAGAUAUGAUAAAAAGAACACUUUACGUACUUCUGGGUGCGACUGGUCUCGUCAUCAUAUAUUUCAUAGUAAAAACUAUAAGAUUACGUCGCCGUAAAAGUAAAACAAGAAAAUAUGGUUAUUUGAGGUUAAUGGACACCCUAAAUAACAUUGAUAUAUAGCCAUGGUUUCCAUGACAAUAAAAUUGCUCUUCCUGCUCAAAGAUGUGUCUUAUACGAGAUAAAGAGGAAACAAUAGUUUAUGGAGGAAAUGCCAAACAUGUCCCUACCUAGUCUGGAGAGAGGAAUAACUGCAUUAUAUUUGAUGAAUGGAUUAUCCAUAAUAGUAUUUCUUCUUACUUUAUUGCCAGUUUGUUCAGUGAACCAAUGAGUAUGUGUAGAUUAUCGGUCUGCAAAUUUAGUCUGUUUUAUAAAAUUUCCUUUUAUGACCUAAACUUCACCUGAUCUAAGUUGUAUUAUUCACGUCUCUUA